UUUUUUAUAUUAAAAUAAUUGAAAUUUGUUUACUACCGUUUUAAAGUCAUAAAUUUUUUUUAAGUGAAUUUUACCUAUUAUAAUCAUUAAACAUUAUUCACUUUAACGACAAUUUUAUAUCAAGGUAAACAGUAAUAUUAUAAUGAAUUUUUUUUGUGUGUAAGUUUGCAUUCAUGCAAAGUCCGAGGAAGGGCUGCAUCCCAAGGGUUGUGAUAUACCGUAUAUCAUAUACGCAGCUUAUCCUGAUACAAGCAUCAAUUUCCACGACUCAAAUCCGUAGCCUAUGGAUCAUAUGGAGACAACUUGACCUUUGCUCCAAGACUUCUUUAAUUGUAUAAAUUUUAGUCAACAGUAAUCACAUGACUUUAUAAUUUCAAUGUAUUUACUUAAGGUGAUAAAAAAUAAUUUUAUUCUUUUGUUAUCGUGAAUAAAGUUUAACGAAUCUGGUGUUUUAAAAAAAAAUUAUUUAUAUUUUUAUUUUUUAAUCAUACAAAAUAUACAUAAAAAGUCACAUGCAUGGAAGCGUGGGGACUUUGUACUCCAUUUCUGGGUGAGUGGCAGUAGGGGAGCAGUUACUCUGCUUAGCUACUACUACUACUAAUAGCAUUUCCUUCUCAUGAAAAAACCUAAAAGAUUCAAGAAUCCCAGAAAGUUGUUUGGUAGCAAUCUUUACACACCAUUACUCAAUAAUUCAUAGACACAAAUUUUCAGUCCAAAAUUCAUCGACACAAAACUUUUUACGGCAAUGAGGCCGGCGAUAGUAUUUGCCGGAAUAUUUCUUCUAGCGGCACUGUACUGUGGGCUUGACCCUUUAAAGCAGAGUGCAAUUUCUGAAUUCAAAGACUUUAAGACUUAUAAAGUUGAAGUGCCAGCAUGGUCUGAAAUACCAGUAGAAAAGGACACCCUAAACUUGCUUCAGAAAUCAGAAAUAAAGUUUUUGAACCAAAUUCAGGGCCCGGAAAGUAUCGCAUUUGACCCGAAAGGUCGCGGACCCUACACAGGUAUAGCUGAUGGGAGAAUUGUGUUGUGGGAUGGACAGAAAUGGACUGAUUUUGCCUAUACAUCUGCUAAUAGGUCUGGAAAUUGUGAUCCAAAACCAUCACCUCUGAGCUAUUUAGCGAAUGAGCACAUCUGUGGUAGGCCUUUGGGGUUACGGUUUGAUAAAACAACAGGUGAUUUGUACAUUGCAGAUGCAUAUUUUGGGGUGAUGAAAGUAGGUCCGGAAGGUGGACUAGCAGAAACAUUGACAAAUGAGGCUGAAGGAGUGCCUCUGGGAUUCACAAAUGACCUCGAUAUUGAUGAUGAAGGAAACAUCUAUUUUACAGAUAGCAGCACUAAGUACCAAAGAAGGAAUUUUAUGCUAUUGGUCUACUCAGCAGAAGAUAGUGGGAGGGUUCUAAAGUACGAUCCUAGUACAAAACAGACCACUGUUCUUCUUCGAAAUCUCCAAUUCCCAAAUGGUCUGUCACUAAGCAAGGAUCGUUCCUUCUUUGUAUUCUGUGAAGGUGCCAAGGGCAGGUUACAGAAGUACUGGCUGAAAGGAGAUAAAGCGGGGACCUCAGAGGUGAUGGCAAUCCUCCCAGGAUAUCCUGACAAUAUCCGAGCAAAUGAAAGAGGUGAAUUUUGGGUAGCAAUCCACUGUCGCCGCACUAUUUACAGCUAUAUUAAUUCCAUAUACCCGAAACUCCGUCUAUUCUUGCUGAAGCUUCCUAUCCCAGUAAAGCUCCGUUCCCUCUUGCAUCUUGGAGGCCGGCUACAUGCGAUUGUUGUGAAGUAUAGCCCUGACGGUAAGCUACUACAGAUAUUGGAAGAUGGAGAAGGGAAAGUUGUUAGAGCUAUAAGUGAGGUUGAGGAGAGAGAUGGGAAGCUUUGGAUGGGGAGUGUAUUAAUGCCUUUCAUUGCAGUUUACCAACUAGAAUGAACUAAAAAGUUACUCUUUUUCUUUCUUUCACCAUUAUAUUGGUCCCUUCUCUUCUACUUUAAUUUCCUCUCAAGGAUUAAACUGGCAAAAGAACUCUCUUUUUAGUUCCUUAUGGUUGUUUGUAGCAUUAUUUUGUGAGAACAAUUCCCAAAAAGAGCUCUUCCUUUGA